AUGUCCUAUCGGUCCUUCAAACGCGUGCUGGGCGAGUCGAGCUUGGAGCGGAAAUGCCGCUUCUUGUUCGGGGCCUGUCUGCUGCUGCUCAUCACCGGCAGCUUCUGGUGGUAUGGCCAGGAAACCGAGCGGCUCGUCUACAAGCAGAACUACUACAAGGGCCAAUUGCUGGUCGACCAGGUGUUGGUGAAGUCGCACUGGGAAGAGAUCGGCCUUCAGCCCGACGAUGAAGACGCCCAGUUCUUCACCCAAGAAAUCGACCGCCGCCUGGAACAGCAAGACUACAAAAGCCGUUCGAUCCGCCCGCCUUCGAGCAACCCCGGCAAUCAUCGCUCAGACGAAGUCCCGCUCGACGAGUGGGAAUGGGACCUAAUGAAGCGGUUCGUGGCCGGCAACGCCUCGGUCAAAGAAGGAGCCGCCGGCCAACUGCAGAUGCCCGGCGACGAACCCGAAUGGGCCGCCCGCUCCAGUGCCGACGGUAGCGAGUACCUCUACUAUCAAGCCGUGCGCGCGACAAGCCACUGUGUGUAUUGCCAUCGCGGGAUGGAUCCCAACCCCGACCUGGUGGAGGGCGACCUGUUACGGAUCGUCCAGGUGAGCAUCCCCACGGCCACCACGCAGGCCGACCUGAAUCGCAAUCGGGCCAUCCUGCUGGCCACGGCCAUCAUCACUGUCUUCCUGGCCAUGAUCGCGGCCUACGUCAUCGUCCGCUAUGUGAUUGUCAAACCCCUGCAGCACUUGCGGCAUGUGAGCGAUGCCAUUAGUCACGGUAACCACAACCUGCGAGCCGAAAUCCACACCGGCGACGAAUUCGAACAGUUGGCCGUCGCGUUCAAUCGCAUGUUGCGCCACUUGGUCGAUACCCAGGAAGAGCUGCGGCUCGUGAACACCGAUCUCGACGCUAAAGUCGAUCAACUGGCCCAGGUGAACUUGCAGUUGUUCGAAUUGAACCGCCUCAAGAGUGACUUCCUGGCCACCAUGAGCCACGAACUGCGAACCCCACUGAACAGCAUCAUCGGCUUCAGCGACGUACUCAGCGGAAACGACAAGCUCGAAGAGCGCCAGAAACGCUACGUGCAGAACAUCCAGAAGUCGGGCAAGAUGCUGCUGGAGUUGAUCAACGACAUUCUCGACCUGGCCAAGAUCGAGAGCGGCAAGAUGGACAUCCGCCUGAACGACUUCCGCAUCGAACAUGUGGUCAACGCCCAGUGCGACAUGGCCCGUCCGUUGACCGAGAAGAAGAACAUCGAUCUCGAAACCCGCGUCGAACCCAACCUGCCCGAGAUCCACCAAGAUCAGGGCAAGGUGCAGCAGAUCCUCAACAACCUGCUCUCGAACGCCAUCAAGUUCACUCCCGAAGGGGGCCGCAUCGAAGUGGCUGCCAAACGCAGCCCCGAAGGCGACUUGCUGCUCACAGUCGAAGACACCGGUGUCGGCAUCUCGGAAGAAGAUCAAGAAACCAUCUUCGAGAAGUUCCGUCAGGGCAACACCGUGCUGGCCGGUGGCGAUGCGAUGACCCGCGAAUACUCCGGCACUGGCUUGGGUCUUUCCAUCGUGAAAGAACUAUGUCGUUUGCUGGACGGCGAAGUUACACUCACCAGCGAGUUGGGCAAGGGGAGCUGCUUCACCAUCCGGCUACCCAUGCACCUUACGAGCCAGCCGCGGCUCGAGGCCCCAUUGCCGACGGCGCUCGAAGCGUUACAACAAGUGCGUGACGUCACCGACGGCAAAGAAAUGGAAAGCUCUGGCGGCGAGGGCGACACCACCAACAACCGCAUGGAACUCACGGCCGUCGUCCAGGGGCUCGAAGCCCUCAAGCGGCCCUCCAGUGUCGAGCUACUCACUGACAGUACCUACGUCGGCAAAGGGCUCACCCAAUGGAUGGCCAAGUGGAAAUCCAACGGCUGGCGUCGCAAAGAAGGCAAACGCUGGGCACCCGUCAAGAACGAAGACCUGUGGCGCCGCCUCGACGAACUCAUCACCACCCACACCAUCACCUACACCCCCGUCCGCGGACACAGCGGCCACCCCGAAAACGAACGCUGCGACGAACUAGCCGUAGCCGCCUGCCAAAAGUAUCGGUAA